AAGUCAGUUAUGCGGAGAUAAUAAAAAGACUCCAAGCCCCAGCCACGGCUGCUGCUCUUUUUUUUUUCUCGUCUAGCGGGGGGAGUAGUCACAGCUGGAAGGAUAAUAAGAUGCGCAUGAAUUUACAAUCUGAACUAAAAAGAUAAGAGAAAAUAAAUGGACGACUCGAUUAGUUUUAGCGCGCCUGUGUGAACAACUUAUGUCGGUAUUUGCUGUGUGUAGGCUACGACGCUGCGCUUUGACUUCCAGAAAGUGCAGAAUUAUAAACUUCGGUCUCCGCUUCCCUCGGUUGAUGGAGUUGCAAAGUUUCUUCAGUCCACUCACAAUGGAAAGAAAAGCUCCCUUCGCUGACUGUGAAGGCUUCCUGUGGUCAGAGUGGAUUACUGACCUCAGUAAGGAGAAGGAGCACCACUCCAGGAUAUGAAGGUUGUUGCAGUGAUUUUACUGCACAAGUCUGCGGAUCGAUAGAGACUUUUCCUCCAUCACCUGCCCCGUCUAGUGAAUGAGUGUGUGCUGCGUGAGCUCAGGUGGGCGGAUCGGCUAUUACCCUCUUAAAAACAAUGUUGCUUUGAUAAAAACAUACAGUGAUGACUCACUACGACUGAUGAGGACCAAAGAUCCCCCCUACCAAGAGUCUGUCCACGGAGAUCCAACCCUGCUUUUUUCUGCCAGCCCUCACUAAAACCUCUACUAUUCAGCAUUUCACGUUGCCAUUGGAAGAAACCCAAUGUCUGCCUCCUCUCCCCCAUCCUUACCUCGAGCCUUUCUCCACUCUCUCCAUCCAUCAUCGAGCCCGCCCGGACCGAUCUACACGCGGCUGUCCAACGGCAGUCACAGUGUCCCCAGCCCCACCAACUCCCGCAGUUCCUUCCAUGGGGUGUCCUUCCUGCUGCAGAUAGGACUGACCAGAGAGACGGUGAACCUGGAAGCCAAUGACCUGUCGCUGUCCUCUGUCAAGGACCUGGUGUGCUCCAUAGUGGACCAGAAGUUCCCGGAGUGCGGCUUCUUUGGGAUGUACGACAAGAUCCUGCUGUUCCGCCACAACUUGAAUGAUGAGAACAUCCUGCAGAGGUUGACCUCAGCAGAAGACAUCCACGAAGGAGACCUCAUUGAGGUGGUGCUGUCUGCUCAAGCCACAGUUGAAGACUUCCAGAUCCGACCCCAUGCCCUUUAUGUCCACUCCUACAAGGCCCCAACCUUCUGCGACUACUGUGGGGAGAUGCUAUGGGGUCUCGUCCGGCAGGGGCUGAAAUGUGAAGGAUGUGGGCUAAACUACCACAAGCGCUGCGCCUUUAAGAUCCCAAAUAACUGUACUGGUGUCAGGAAGAGGCGAUUGUCCAAUGUCUCACUGCCUGGACCAUCCCUCUCUGUCCCUCGACCGGCACCUGCCGAAAAUGCCGUGGUCGUCCUGGAGGAGCAGAGGUCCCAUCAGGAGGCGGGGAAGCGGAUCCUGUCCUGGAGUGGCAGGCCUAUCUGGAUGGAGAAGAUGGUGCUGGGACGGGUUAAGGUGCCACACACCUUCGCCAUUCACACUUACACUCGUCCCACUAUCUGCCAGUACUGCAAGCGUCUGCUCAAGGGUCUCUUUCGCCAGGGCAUGCAGUGUAAAGAUUGCAGAUUCAACUGCCAUAAGCGAUGUGCUUCAAAGGUACCUCGAGACUGUUUGGGGGAGGUGGACUUCAAUGGCGAGCCAGCCAGCCCUGGCCCAGACUCCGACACUACCAUGGAUACUAUGGAGGUGGACAGUGGCGACAUGGAUGGUGGCAGAGGACUGGACGACCCAGAGGAACCCUCGACCCCAGAUGAGAGGAUGUUCGACAUGGAUUCUCCCUUCUUGGACAGAGAGAAGGACGAAGAGCCCAUCAAGACAAUUAGCCCUUCUACUAGCAGCAACAUCCCUCUGAUGCGGGUGGUCCAGUCCAUUAAACACACCAAAAGGCGGAGCUCCACUGUGGUGAAGGAGGGCUGGAUGGUUCAUUAUACGAGCAGGGACAACCUGCGGAAGAGACAUUACUGGAGGCUGGACAGCAAGAGCCUGAGUCUCUUCCAGAACGACACCGGAGCCAAGUUCUACAAAGAAAUUCCUCUCUCUGAGAUCCUCCAGGUGGAACAGUCGAGAGACUACAGUAAUCUGGCCCAGGGAAGUAACCCACACUGCUUUGAGAUCAUCACAGCCACCAUGGUCUAUUAUGUAGGGGAGAACAACUGCAGUCACUACCACAGCCCCGCUCUGGCCGCCUCAGGAGUCGGCAUGGAGGUGGCUCAGGGUUGGGAGAAGGCCAUCAGACAGGCCCUGAUGCCCGUCACCCCUCAGCCCAGUGUGGCCAGUGCCGCUGGCCAGGGCAAGGAUCAUAAAGAGCUGUCCAUCAGCAUAUCUGUGUCCAACUGCCAGAUCCAGGAGAAUGUGGAUAUUGCCUCAGUGUACCAAAUAUUCUCUGAUGAGGUGCUGGGAUCAGGCCAGUUUGGCAUCGUGUAUGGAGGCAAACACAGAAAGAGUGGCAGAGAUGUAGCCAUCAAGGUUAUUGACAAGAUGAGAUUUCCUACCAAGCAGGAGAGCCAGCUAAGGAAUGAGGUGGCCAUAUUACAGAAUCUGCAUCACCCAGGCAUCGUCAACUUGGAGUGUAUGUUUGAGACGCCAGAGCGAGUGUUUGUUGUCAUGGAGAAGCUGCACGGUGACAUGCUGGAGAUGAUUCUGUCCAGCGAGAAGAGCAAACUGCCCGAACGAAUCACCAAGUUCCUCGUCACACAGAUCCUGGUGGCUUUGAGACAUCUGCACUUCAAAAACAUUGUUCACUGUGACUUGAAGCCUGAGAAUGUACUACUGGCCUCUGCAGAGCCCUUUCCUCAGGUAAAGCUUUGUGACUUCGGCUUUGCCCGCAUCAUUGGCGAGAAGUCGUUCCGGCGGUCUGUAGUGGGCACUCCGGCUUACUUGGCUCCAGAGGUGCUGCGCAGCAAAGGCUACAACCGUUCCUUAGACAUGUGGUCUGUGGGAGUCAUUGUGUACGUCAGCUUGAGCGGGACAUUCCCUUUCAAUGAGGACGAGGACAUCAACGACCAGAUACAGAAUGCUGCCUUCAUGUACCCACCCACGCCUUGGAAGGACAUCUCAGCAGAGGCCACAGAUCUGAUCAACAAUCUUCUCCAAGUCAAGAUGAGGAAGAGGUACAGCGUUGACAAGUGUCUCAGCCAUCCCUGGUUACAGGACUAUCAGACAUGGCUGGACCUCAGGGAGUUCGAGACACGGCGAGGUGAGCGCUACAUAACACACGAGAGCGACGACGCACGCUGGGAGGAGUACGCUGACGAGCACAGUCUUCUUUACCCCAAACACUUCAUCAUGGCUCCCAACCUGGAUGACAUGGAAGAGGACCCCUAGUGGCGAGGGGGACUUACUACAACACAUGUAUUAAGGACAAGGAUUGUCACAGGGACUUUUUUCAUGAAGCUUUGGGAGUGGCAGAUUUCCCUUCCAGAACUGUUCGUUGUGGAAAAAGAGAGAAGCCGAUCAGGUGGAGAAUUACUCUCCAUAGGCUUUAUAAGUGGGGGAAAACCUGACUGAAAACCUGAAUUUGUAGCACGAUGCACUGCUACAAGCAGAACGCAGGUGGAGACGCAUGCCACAGAAACGCAUUAAGAAACUGUCAGGGGAGAAUAGUGUUCAUCUUCUUUUUGCACGAUAUCAAAACAUUCCAUGGAUUUGCUCAAGUUUGGUUAAUUUUUAAGAACAAUCAUAAACCAAAACACGCAACGUGAACUUAAUAGUUUAGGUAUUGUACACGCAAUUUUGGAUAACUUUGAGUAAUAAUAUGACUCUGUUCUGUAUGUGAGAAAAGAGAUCAGAGAGAGCGCUUACCCCAGGAGUAAAGGGCACUUUUCACAAGGGAUUUACAGUCCGAGAAUUUAAAACACGUGAGUUUUAUUCUCGUUUCCGAACUAUUUGUGAGACUGUCCUUUGGCAUGAAACUGGAACUAUCACAUAUAUUUGUAUGUUUUUAAUGUAUUUCGUAAUUGUGGUAGAUUUUUGCACUAUAUUACCAUUGAGCAUAGCAGCUGAAUAGAAACUCUAUUCGCUGCUACAGAGAGCAAACAGUUUUCGAGUGUCCAGUCUAGGUGCAAAGUUUUAACCUGAAAGUCGAUGCAACUCACACAGUAUUGGCUGUCACCAUUUAUUUUAAACAAACCUCGACAGGUUUGUCAACCAACAUGUCAUCAGAGUAUGAUCUGUUAGUGGCAGCUAAUAGUGUGCGAGUUUUAUCAACUGGCAAGAAGACCCUGACCAAAUAUGUUAACAAAAACGAUUCAUUUCAGUGGUUCCAAACCUUUUCUAAAUUAACAUUGUGAAUUUGUUCAAGACCAUAACACUGAACUGUCCAUAAAUGCAAUAAUGGAGCCAAUAUUUUUUAUGUUCAACGUGAGGGUAAAACAGCACGGACUCUAUGUUAGAGUGUCAUGUUUCUGUGUAUCUUUUUCUGUACUUUCGCAGUAUUCUUGAAUGUGACUUUUUAAGCACUCCAAUUCUGGAAUAUGUGUUUUAUAGAGGCCGCCAACCUAGGUUUUACAUAGAACAAAAUAUUGGUGUCAGUUUCCUUGUUUAUUAUGUUGUCUGGACCAUUUCACCAGCCCUUUUGUCUAGACAGUGGAUCGCAAUUUGGUUCACAUGGGAGUUUAUAGCCCUACAGAUUUGUAGUUUGCUCUGUUGGUGUGUUAUGGGAGUACCUUCCUGUUUCCUGUUGUCCUCUUCCUGUCUUUGUUGCCGCUGGAUUGGCAGGUGUCAGUGUUUUGUAUAUUUCAGUACAUACCAAUGGAAUAAAAACCCAACUUCUUAACUGAGAAUUAAAAAGUUGUCUUCAA